AUCGAACCCAAUUCUUUAUCUACCAGCCUACACACUCAUCUGCGCUCACAUUAAAAUCUUGGUUCAUACUCUAAAGAUGGCAGGCAUGGCUUUGAAUCCUGAAACGCUCGACGGUCGCUUGCUUUUCGCGAUUCCGAAAAAAGGCCGGCUGCACGAAAAAUGUCUGGAGAUACUCUCUGGCGCUGAUAUUCAAUUCCGGAGACACAACCGCCUCGACGUCGCCCUCGUCCUAAACCACCCAAUCGCACUCGUCUUCCUCCCCGCCUCCGACAUCCCCUCCUUCGUCGGCAAAGGUAACGUCGACCUCGGGAUAACAGGCCACGACGUCAUCCUCGAAUCACAAAUGCAAGCCCACGUCACCGAGGCCCUCCGUCUGGGCUUCGGGAAAUGCGCCCUACAAGUACAAGUACCUGAAGCGGGCGCGAUCCGCACGGUGGAGGAUUUGGCGGGGAAGAGGGUCGUGACGAGCUUUGAGGUGCUCGCGGGGGCGUAUUUUGGGGAGAUCGAUAAGAGGCUGGGCUUGGGGUUGGGUGCGGGUGGGGAGGGAGAGAAGACGAAGAUUGAGUAUGUGGGGGGAAGUGUGGAGGCUGCGUGUUCGUUAGGGCUUGCGGAUGGGAUCGUCGAUCUCGUCGAGUCAGGCGAGACCAUGCGAGCAGCAGGUCUCCAUCCCAUCGCCACAGUCCUCCAAACCGAAGCCGUCCUCAUCAAAUCCUCAACACCCAAACACCCCGGCCUCACCCCCCUCAUCGACCUCAUCACCUCCCGCAUCGCCGGCAUCAUCGCCGCCUCGCGCUUCGUCAUCUGCGAAUACAACGUCCCGCGUUCGCUGCUGAGCCAGGCUACGGCCGUGACGCCGGGACGGAGGGCGCCGACGAUCAGUCCGUUGGAGGAUAGCGAUUGGGUUGCGGUGAGUGCGAUGGUGGAGAAGAAGAAGCAGGCGACGGUGAUGGAUGAGUUGGUCAGGAUUGGGGCGGAGGAUAUCAUGAUCUUCAAUUUGGAUAAUUGCAGAGUCUGAGGGUCUCAGCGUUCAGGGCGUGGCGACGAAUGUGUGGGGUGAGUAUACGCUAGAAGGGAAGCAUGUAUGAAAAUGUAAUGUCCGACAUAGAUGCCUAGGUCU